AUGCGCUCAACGCACUGGUCGGAAAGCGUGCGUUGGUCCGUGGCCAACAUCGGAUGGCCGUCGGCGUUCACGUUCUGGUACCAAAUCAUUGUGGUCUUGUACUCGGCCCAUGGACUCGUCUCCCCGAUCGCUAUUGUCUAUUUCCACUUCUUGUGGCUCAUCAUCGUCUGCUCCUUCUUCUCCGCCUCGUUCACCCCGCCGAAGCAAUCCCGAGAGUCGGUCGAGUGGGACCAGAGUGAGGUUGGUUUGAACAAAACGCGGUUUUUGAAAAACAAAAAGUUCAGAGGACCGAAAAGAUGUGUGACACGUGUGAAUACGUGAAACCCGCGCGUUGGCACCACUGCCGACGGUGCAAUCAGUGCGUUCAUCGAAUGGAUCAUCAUUGUCCGAUUUUACAGGUGAACAGUCUGAAAAUACCCCUAAUUCUCGAUCCUGAAUCCGAUGUGCACCAGAGAUGUUGGGAAUUCCGUGUUCCGUGUUCCGCGUUUUUUUCAAUAUUUUUUCCGUGUUCCGUGUUCCGUAAAAAAAAAUUUCCGUUUUCCGUGUUCCGUGUUCCGUAGAGUAAAAUUUUUAUUCCCAACAUCUCUGAUGUGCACACUUUAAGAUGUGCAUUCACCGCGACAAUCACAAGUUCUUCCUGCUCUUUCUGCUCUGGCCGCUCCAACUCGCCACCUUCACCGUCUAUCACGGUUAUCACGACUUUUGGAAGGUGCGAAAAGGCGUUUGGCGGUGGCGAAAUCAUCGAAAACCUUUGAGAUGAUGCGAUCGAUUUACACGAAAGAGGUGCUGAGCGCCGGCGAGCAACUCAAAGGCACCGGCGUCUCGAAUGCGGUCGUGCGUUACUACUGUCGCUACAGUAAUCCUCACCUUUGAUCGCCACUUUUUCAGAUGGUCGGAUUGGCGGCCACGUGGCUUCUCAAAAAUCAAAUUCCGAACUUGUUGAGAAAUCAGACGCUCAUCGAGGAGGCCAACGAGAAUACGGUAGCAGCAUUGUUUAUGAGCAUUUAGGUGAUAAACGCGCUUUUUUUGAAGGAUUACGAUCUGGGCACGUGGCAGAAAAAUGUGCAGUUCGUGAUGGGACCGUGGAGAAUUGCGUGGCUACCGACCGCUUUGACGAUUGAGACGGAACGAAAAGAGGAAUGA